AUGGGUAAGAUAGUUGGAGAUGCAAAUCCGAGUACAUUUCAAUUGAUUAAUGAUGGUUACGCUAAAGAUCACAAAGAGAUCUAUUAUAUGGGUGAAAAAAUUGAGUAUGCAUCUCCACAUACAUUUCAAUUACUUGGUUAUGGUUACGCUAAAACUAGUUUUGCUGUCUAUUAUUUAAACAAAGAAAUUUCGGGUGCAGAUGCAAAUUCAUUUCAAUCACUUGGUUUUGGCUAUGCUAAGGAUGAGGAUGAUGUCUUUUAUAUGGGUAAAAAAAUUAAAGAUGCACUUCCAUCUUCAUUCGAAUUUAUUGGCACUAGUUAUACUACCGAUUAUAGUAGUGCUUUCUGUUUGGGUAAAAAUUAG